UCUACUGAAAUUUUCACAGUUGUGGGAAAUUAUGCAGAAGGUCGGACACUGGGGGGGUGUCAGACAAUACUGAUUUAAUGAUGGUAGACAUCGAGAUUACAAAAGUUAAAGCUUUAUAACCAUUAAAACACAAGUUGUCAACACCACAUGGCAAAAUAUACAAAGUGAAUAUCCUUAAAUCAAACUCUAAAAAGUUCUCAAGCAGCAUUUUUCUUACUUUGCCUGUCUGCACAUUUCAAUUAUUAUCGAUGGAAAUAUUCUUUUGUCCACUUGCACGUGUGUAUGGCGAAAUCGGCUUUUACCUACAUUUACCGAUAAAAAUCGAAUGCUUCCAAACCUAUUUAUCACCAGUGACUCAGACGGCUUACACUGUGCACAUCCUACAUUUGCCUUCCCCUCUUUUCCUCUAACCAGAUGGGACGCAGUCAUUUCUAGGCCCCUGUGGCUAUGGUUUUUGAAAGGAGCCUGCCUAGAUCCCAUUAAAAUUCAAUAGAAGUUGGAUGCCUUUGAAAAUCGCAGCCGGAGCUGCUUCCAGUCAGAGCGCAGUACCUGGAGAAAAGAUCAGCUGAUGCCACUGUAGCCUGGGCGAAGGACAGUGUCAGCUAGAUUUUUCUGACAAUUUAAAAGUCACCGAGAUCUUAAGGUUAAAGACAAGUCACUAAGUGAUAGAGUUUUAAUAGGCGACACUUUGCUUUACUGGAAAUAGUAUUUUACAUUUACAUAUGACAGCAUCUCUGACCCUGAAGAAUCCCCAAAUGCUUCCCAGAGCACCCCAGAAAGGCUGGCACCUCAGGGUGAGCGGGUGGCAGUACCGUACCUCGCUAUAGUGCUGGGAGAAGGCACUGCACCAAUCCCCAUCCUCUUACUAAAAAGCACAUUGGGAACCUCAGCAUCUCAUCUGAAAGUGCCCUGAAUGGAGCUCAAUGUGUCGUUCUUGGGAUUUGAACCUGUGGUCCCAGGGAGGGUCGCUUAGACUGCCAAGCCAGCGUCCUCAUGAACAAUAAGAACGAAUGGGAUCAAGCGUUUCGGAGUCAAUACAGCGCUUUGGAAGUAGAAAAAGCAAACGCCUGUAUGUGCAGGCAUAUUUCCUCAGCCUGAAUUAAACCCCUUUUCUUUUAGACUCUGGUGCGGCUGCUGCUGGAAUACUGUGUCCAGUUCCAGUGUCCACAAUGCAAGAAGGGUGUUAAUAAAUCAGAGAGGGUUAGGAGAGGAUUAAAAGAUUAGAAAAUCUGCCUUAUCGUGAUAGACUCAAGGAGCGCAGUUGAGUUCACUUAACAAAGAGAGAGAUAAGGGUUUACUUGACCUACAUGGUAAAAGUACCGCCGUAGAAUCAGAAUAACAGAAAUGUAGGACUGGAAGGGACCUUGACAGGUCAGAUUUGUUCAAUGGGGAACAAAUAUUUAAUAAAGGCCUCUUCAAUCUAGCAGCAAAAAGUCUAAUGCAAUGCUCACAAUGGUCCCUUCUGGCCUUGGAAUCUAUGAACCUAUGAAUGCCAUUUAGAGAACCGAUAACGGUGCUGAGGCAGGGAGCUGGCUGGCUGCAGUCGCUUUCCUGCUAAUUAGCCCCCAUUAAAAAAAAAAAAGCCAGAAAACAAAGCUACCAGGUCUGGUUCUUUCAGCUUCAUGGACAAAUCCUUCUCCCAGACAAAAGCUUUUAGGGACAGCACUCACCAAUUCACUGAAAGAGGCUUGACUACAGUUUCCUAUUGGUUGCUAUGGCGAGUGAUGAUGCAAUCAAAGAAGGGUAUAAUACAAGACUAUGGAGUGGUGAUGGAUUUAAUCAGCCCACAAGCAAGGGAGUUAUCCAGGGAUUCUGGCUGUGGAGAGGAAGGCAAGGCAUCGCGAGCUGAUUCAUUUCUCAUGACUGAACAUUUACUGGCCACAGCUUAAGAUAAAUGCCGAGAAAGUAACAAGCAAGCUCCCCAAUCAGGAUCCCUGAUUGGCACAACACAUGGCAUAUUGGCAGACCUGGUGCUUUCUAAAGCAACAAGUUAGCGACUGAAAAUGCAAGUCGCAAUGAACAUUGAAGUCCGCAACAUCUCUGACACAAGAGCCACCGUCUCCUGGUCCACAAACAUCCCCUGCCCCGAGAAUUAUUACCACGUCAUGUACCGUCCCAACUGGAACAGCGUCUUCGCAGGCUACUUGCGCCAGAACUUCCACCGCGAGGAGAGGGUCCCCCACUCCCGUAGCUCCCUGGUCCUUCACAGACUCACUCCCUCCACCGUCUACAUCCUGUGCGUCACAUGUAAAAACUCCUACCCCUCCAGCAACCAUUGCACAACCUUCCACACCCUCGACCAGCACCCGCCGGCCUUGCGUGGCUUGAAGCAGGAAUCUGCCACCUCCAUGUGGAUGGUGAGCAGCCUAUUGCUGCUCUGCUUUACGGCCUUCUUGGUCUAUGGCUGCUUGCAGUUCUGGUCCUCAAGGUGCCACAAAGUGUCAAGGCUGGGGCAGUACAGUGCCAACCCAGAGAGGGAAGCGGGUGAACAGACAAGUUCGCCUGAGGGGACUCUGAGCACCAGAAUGAAGGAGGAGCUGUUGGAAGUCCCCAUGACGGCUGUCCUAAUGAGGAGUUCCAGUUUCACGACAGAGAGCCCGUAUAGGUCCCCCCACUGCUUCUUUCCCAUCCAAAGCAGUGAUGACAAAAGGGCCAUCUUACCUCAGCCCGGGUUCAAAUGAAAGGGAAAUAAAAGGAGCUCCCAGCAUGGGGAACGCCUAGCAAUUUGUUUUUUCAUUUCAGUGGGGCUGCUCUCAUGCUGCAGAUGUUGACCUGACAUGCAUCGGUGUUCUUACUACAUUGCCCUGGAUGGAACUUGGGGUGGAAAAUGGCAGCCACGGGUGACAAUUUUUGCCAGAUUAAAGAAAAAAAAUCAGAACCAUUCUAUACUUGAGAGUAAAUUUAAGAAAUCAGUAAAAAACAAGCCCCUAGGAAAUUAAGGCCAAAUUCAACUCUCAAUAAACUUCCCUUCAGUGGAGUGACUCCUGAUUUACACCAGCAUAGCAGACAUGAUAUGUAUUUGGAGAGGUACAGAGUGGAAUAAAGACACUGGAGUUAACUUGUUUAGAAACAGCCCUUUCUGCCUAGUUGAAGAUCACUGACAUUUGAGCAGACUGGCUACACAACAGGACAGUCAGUGAUCUGCACACUGAGACCAAGUCACACAACGGGCUCUCGGGGCUCCAUCACAUUGAAAACACACCACUCCCGACACAGGUUGGAGGCUCACAGUCCACUUCCAGCUGGGCAGCUAUCCACGUCCCCAAAUCACCACCACAACGGGCACCCCUUGACAGCAGGCACUCCCUGCAGAAAGGGCCAGGUUUACAUGGACGCAAGAGAUGGAACUAAACGGUAGGCCUGAUCCUGCUUGCUUUGAGGUCAAAGGUAAAACUUCCCUUGACUUUAGUGGGAGACAGCACAAGUCCUGGGACUGUUACAGUCACGCCCUGCAGUGCAGCUGCCUGCGCUGUAGUUGGUCACUGGGGAUCAAAUCCCGAGAAGGCCUCAGUACCUGCAACUCUCAUGGACUUCGCUGGCUCUACAUUCACCUCACAGGGUUUGGCCCUGCUUAGGGGACUUCAGUCUUCAGGGCACCUUUCACCUACAGAAUUGCUUAAGGGGAAAACCAAUCAGCCAUUUUGGGUGGGGUUAUGGGUAGCUUGGGGCUCUAGGAAUGGAAUAUUGAGUUGUCUACUUCUAGGUCACUAGACAAGCCUGGGGCAUGUGCUGUAUCUGUGCUGAGCAGUCAUCUCAUAGGGCCUUCAGUCACCUUUCCCUGGUAGUAAAACUCACUACCAUGACCUCCCAGGCUCCCUAGUUCUAUGUGAACAAGGCUGCCAUAUACAUCCGAUUGACAGAUUGCCUGACACUGACGACACCAUCAUUCCAAUUAUUCACCUUUCAAACUACAGGGAUUGUGGUACCGUAUAACUGGGUGGGAGGGGAGCCUCUCGCUGAGUCUCACCAAUCCAUUCUGAUCUCUGCAUCUCUAGACAGGGCUGUUCAGUGGCUCUGUCCCAGUGUCGGUCACCAACACAGGGCUGUGGCCUGUUGGCUCACUCUGACACCGGUGCUUCGAGGAGGAAAAAAGAACUGACAAAGCGGUGAUGCACUGGUUCCCUCGCCCAGCUUUUCAGUCUCAGCAAAGCCAAACCGACUUGUGUGUUUCUGCCGUUCUGCUAAUGAACCUUUCCUGGCAUUUCCCACCCUGUGACUGAUUUCUGUGUACAAUCUGCUUUCCUCAUUGU